AUGAGCCAUGACGUCUCGCGUGUCAGUCGGCCGAGCUUGCGGCCCAACAGUUCCUCGAGAAGCAGUAGCGAGCCUCCCAAUGCGUCGUUGCUAAGUGCAGCGGCAUCAGCUGCAGUUACGACGCCGCCCUCGGACACGCAGGCCAGCGGCGUCGAUGUCGCUGGCAGCGCCGAAUACACUUGCGGCAACCACCAGCUCGACGGCAGCACCAGCACGGUGGGCUCCCUCAUCGAUGCGUCGUGCUCUAAAAGGGAGCGCAACCCAGAGUUCAACAUGUACCAGCUGCCGAUCGAGGAGCAGUUUAACCUGAUCGAGGAGGAGUUUGCCGCCAUCGAGGCGAGUACCAUGAAUCCGCGAUUGUACAACUUCACCACCUCCAACGCCAACCCAACGAAGAACCGCUACAUCAACGUACUCGCUAACGAGGAGACAAUCUUCCCUCCAACGCGCUUGGCAUCUGUGCCGCCGACGACGGGCGGUUCGAGACUCUCCACGUCCGGCUCUCCGUCUUCGAUGGCAUCGGCGACGACGCCGAUGAAGUCCCUCGCAUUCAGAGCGCAGAAGGUUUGGGGGGCCGCCGGGAAGCGACUCUUGGGCACACGGCGUGGCGGCACUUUACCGAGAGACUCUGAGGGAAACGAGAAAUUCACCACCGGCUGCGUCACCGAGAAGUCUCCGCAAUGGUAUAUCAACGCCAACUUGGUAGACACGAGUGUGGAGCCUGUAUUUGUGGCCUCGCAAGCACCAGUGCAGGAGUGCAUCGACGACUUUCUUGCUGUUAUCUAUAGCUGUGAAGUGACCCUGGUGCUGAUGCUGACUGAAGUGGAGGAGGCUGGCUUUGUGAAGGCAGACCGGUACUGGCCAGAGGAUAGCGCACCCGCCGACAGGAUUGAGUCGUUCGGUAGCAUGUGCGUGUACAAGGAUGAGCAGGACCCGUAUACGUACGACGCCACACACGAACUCGUGCGCCGACCAUUCUACAUACGCCCCUCGCCUGGGUCCCAAGCGCGCGCGCACAAGAUCGUCAUGUAUCAGUAUGUGGGCUGGCCUGACCGUGGCGUUCCCGACAGCACCGAAUCUUUCGAGGAGCUCUUGAAAAUCAUUCAGGAUUAUGUAGUGGCGCCACCGACUCCAAAUAUGCCACCGGCUGGGCCGAAGAGCGCCGCCUACAGCCCCAUCGCCACCAGCAGCGGAGGUGACGGCAGCACCAGCAAUACUGGAAGUGACGCAGGAGCUGGCAAACUCACGCCCCCAGUCUUUGUGCACUGCAGUGCCGGCAUUGGCCGUACAGGCACCCUCAUCGGUGCCUACACGGCCGUGAAACUGACGGAGGCCGGACUCCUGACGAACACAAGUAUCCGGCGCAUCGUCACGGACAUGCGCAAGGCUCGCUUUGGUAUGGUGCAGCGCGUGGAGCAGUACAUGUUUCUCUACAUGAUCGUGCUGCAACACAUGGGGGUAGACGCGCGCAAGUUCAGCGCACGCAUGCAGCCGCGAGCGGACAUGUAUAAUAUGCGGUGGAUGGAGGCGAGACAGAAGGCGCUGCUUGGGGCUCGGGCAGCGAAGCGCUGA